GCAACCCUGCAGCUCGGCGCAAAAGCGGAUAAAAAAACACAAAAAACUGUCAUAAAACCUCGGAAAACAAUUAGAAAUUAAAUAAACGUCAAGAAAGGAGUGGAAGCUAAAAUUGUACAUUGAGCUGGAGGUGUUAAACGUGCAAAAUAUCGGAGACUAGCCCAAAAGGAAUACUCCACAAAUGAUGUUUGAAGAAUUCACAAAACAUAUCCUAUAAAUGUGUUUACGACUCUGAUAAACCAAACAGUUAGCUGAGAGUAUGAAUCCGGCCGAGCUUCGAAUGAUGUGGAUGAGCAGCCAGUAUAAUUCUGAGCGCAUUACACUAGAAGAUGCGGCUACUCUGCUGGGUCAUCCCAAUGUUGGACUCUCAGUCAUGGAGGAUAUCUCCGCCCACCAACCAACUUUGGAAAUGAAUCCAAUGAUGAGCCUGGUGGGGGGGGAUUUCACUGGUCAGGCAGCGGCAGCAGCGGCGGCCCUCGGCGUUCAGCCAGGUACCCUAAUAGCAACCAAUUCAAACAACCUAUAUGGAUUUGCGCACAUGGGCGGCCUGCAGCAUCAAUUGCUCCAGCAGACGGCGGCGGCGGCUGUUUUUCAAAACUAUGCUGAAGUGAUGGAUAAUGAGGUGGGCAUGUCCACGGACGCAGCUGGAUCAGCGCUUAUGAACGUGGGUGUAGGAGUAGAUGUGGGUGUGGGCGACUCGAUCGUGGAUGAUGAGGAUCCCCAAGUGUAUGGCCAGAUCGAGGAUGCCUAUGACGAUGGAGGUUCUGAGCUGGAGCCCAAGCAGGAAAUCAUCAACAUUGAUGAAUUCGUCAUGGACAAUAAUUCAUACGAUGGCACCGAUUUUAUGACUUCUUCCGACAAGGACAUCUCGCAGUCAUCCUCGUCUUGCAUGACACAAAUGCCCAGUGGAUUGGGUGUGCCGGGAGCGGAGCAUGAUUUGCUAGUUCCACUGGCCGAUGGCCUAUUGCAUCACAAGUUGCUAGGUACCACCUUAUCCCCGGCGAUGGGUACUCUUAAUGGCAAUACUUUUGGCAACAUAAUGGUUAGUUCGGAAGCAUCCAGUGUGAACACAAUUAAGCAAAUGCAGCGAAACUUCACGUUAGCCAAAGGUGGCCCGGUCCCGAGCACCACUACAAGCAGCUCUGGUGGCAGCUCUAGCAAUGUAGCAUUGCCAUCCACAUCCUCCUCGUUGCGCACCCAACGGAAGACCAGAAAGAUCGAGCCAGUUAAUAGGCCAGGUCUGGUGCUAAAGACACCCAUCGCGUACAAGGGCAACAUAGACCCAUCGGUGAUCCCUAUCCAGAAAGACGGAAUGGCGGUAUGUAAGCGAUGCGGUGCUAUUGGAGUAAAGCACACGUUCUACACGAAGUCACGACGCUUUUGCAGCAUGGCAUGUGCCCGAGGGGAGCUUUACUCCCUGGUUCUCAACAGCAAGGGUGAAGCCGACCAAAUGACGGGGAAUUCUCCAGUUCCCGGAAAUAACCUGGACUCAAGCGAAGAUGUAUUGGCAAGCGAUCAACAGCAAGUUUCGUCCGAUAUCGAACUGGAUCUUCAAGCUGCGCACAUAAAGAACGCCAAUUAUAGGUUCCGCAUUACGGACCAGUCGAAAAUUACUCAAUUAAAUAGUUUCGGAGAGCCAAUGUCCCUAGGCAGUGAUGCAGCUGCCAAUAAUAUUCAAAUGUCGGCCGUGGAAACAAUAUCCGCUUUAAAUGGAUCGGUGGGUGAAGAUGUCGGUCAAGGCGGACUAGAGGGUAGUGGAGCAGCCCAUCCGAAUACCUAUCUCACAGCAGCUCCGACGCCAAAGGCUCUGCGACUAUUUAAAGACGUUUACCCGCAGGAUGACCUUCCUCAAAUACCCAAAUACGAGCGGCUUCCGGUUCCAUGUCCGCAAAUGGAAAAGAUCCUUAGCAUACGGAGGCGAAUGUACGAUCCCACACACUCUUAUGAUUGGCUGCCACGCUUGAGCAAGGAGAACUUCAAUGCUGCCCCAGUAACAUUUCCCCAUGCACCUGGAUGCGAGGUUUGGGACAACUUGGGUGUGGGCAUGAAGGUGGAAGUAGAGAACACUGAUUGCGACAGCAUUGAAGUGAUCCAACCUGGCCAGACGCCGACUUCUUUUUGGGUGGCAACCAUCUUGGAAAUAAAAGGCUAUAAGGCUUUAAUGAGCUAUGAGGGAUUUGACACAGACUCUCAUGACUUUUGGGUAAAUUUAUGUAACGCUGAGGUUCACUCGGUGGGAUGGUGCGCCACAAGGGGAAAACCGCUUAUUCCGCCGCGUACCAUCGAACACAAGUACAAGGACUGGAAGGACUUCCUCGUGGGCCGUCUUUCGGGCGCCCGAACUCUGCCUUCCAACUUCUAUAACAAGAUCAACGAUAGUCUGCAGUCACGCUUUCGAUUGGGGCUCAAUCUUGAGUGCGUCGACAAAGAUCGUAUUUCCCAAGUACGCCUAGCCACUGUCACCAAAAUCGUAGGAAAACGCCUCUUUCUGCGAUACUUUGACUCGGAUGACGGUUUCUGGUGCCACGAGGACUCGCCAAUUAUACACCCUGUGGGUUGGGCUACCACAGUGGGCCACAAUUUAGCUGCGCCCCAGGACUACUUGGAAAGAAUGCUAGCUGGUCGUGAGGCAAUGAUCGAGGUGCACGAAGAUGACGCCACGAUCGAGCUGUUUAAAAUGAACUUUACAUUUGAUGAGUACUUCUUGGAUGGAAAGACCAAUGGCUUUGUAGAGGGCAUGAAAAUAGAGGCCGUGGAUCCCCUCAACCUCUCUUCCAUUUGCCCGGCCACGGUUAUGGCGGUUCUGAAAUUUGGAUAUAUGAUGAUUCGUAUUGAUUCCUAUCAGCCGGAUGCCUCAGGGUCGGAUUGGUUCUGCUAUCAUGAGAAAAGUCCGUGCAUUUUUCCGGCAGGUUUUUGUUCUGCAAACAAUAUAACUGUUACACCACCAAACGGCUACGAUUCCCGAACGUUCACCUGGGAGGGUUACCUGCGCGACACCGGAGCCCUUGCCGCUGGCCAACAUUUGUUCCAUCGAGUAGUACCAGACCACGGUUUCGAAAUGGGAAUGAGCUUGGAGUGCGCUGACCUAAUGGACCCUCGACUUGUUUGCGUGGCUACCGUUGCGCGUGUAGUAGGCAGACUUCUUAAAGUCCAUUUUGACGGCUGGACGGACGAAUAUGAUCAGUGGCUGGAUUGUGAAUCGGCGGAUAUUUACCCUGUGGGAUGGUGCGUUUUAGUUGGCCAUAAACUAGAAGGACCACCGCGAGUGGCACAGCAGCAGGCGCCGAAAGCUGCGCCAAAGCCCAAGGUUCCACGAAAGCGAAAGACAAAAAAAGGGGCUGCCGGCGGCAAGCACACAAACGAAAAUAACACACCAUCAGUAAAACCGCGUACAAUCGCACUAAAAACCACACCGCACUUGCCUAAGUUGAGCAUUAAAUUGGAGCUGAAGCCAGAGCAUCACAAUGCUGCCUUUUACGAGAACAAUCAACACGAAGAGGAGGCCGAAGAAGAAGAUGCAGAUGGGGAUGUGGACGGCGAUGGCGAUGGCGACGGUAGCAACAGCCACAUUUCCGAACAGUCAACCACGCAAUCUUCCAGUGAUCAGGUAGCCGGAUCGAGCAGUGGAUCUACCUCGAUGCUUAACAUAGCAACGAGCAACAAUAAAAUGGUAAAAAAAUCCUCUACUACUAAAUCACCUGCACCACCAAUUGUGGGCCGCAAAGCCACAAGCUAUAUUGCGAACUCAUCCGCGACGAGUAACAAAUACAUUCCUCGCUUAGCCGAUAUAGAUUCAAGUGAGAUGCAGGUGGAAUUAAUGCCAGAAUUAUGGAACGUGUACGAUGUGUCCCAGUUCUUAAGGGUCAACGACUGCACCGCUCACUGUGACACUUUUAGCAGGAACAAGAUCGAUGGGAAACGGUUACUGCAAUUGACCAAGGACGAUAUAAUACCUCUGUUGGGAAUGAAAGUUGGCCCUGCCCUUAAAAUCUCAGAUCUUAUUGCCCAACUCAAGUGUAAAGUCAAUCCAGGCAAGGCCAGAUCGCACAAGACCAAUAAGUCGCCGUUCUUAUAGUGCGCGGAUUUCAGUUAUUUCAAAGCGAAGCGAAAAAUAUCACCGAUAGAAAUAUAUAAUUUUAAAAGAUAUAUAUAAGAAGUAUAUAUAUGAUGUAAGCAUAUUGAAGUAUUUUGUUAGCACGGGAAGUCAAACACAAUCGUUGCCUAGAGUGGGUUUAAACACCCAUUAAACAAUUAUAUAACUAACUCAAGUCUCAAGCGCGUUAUUUCAGAUCGAUUAUAUCGUUUAUAAUAUAGAAUAGCAUAGUCGAUAGUCGAUAGUCGGUACUCUCAUUUUAUAUAAAUCAGAGUUCUAUAUCAAUUGUAUAGCAAACGUUGAAUUGAGGAAAAAAAUACAUUUUUUACUACACGCAUAUUUUGUAUAAUAUUGAAAAUAAAAUGGCAACAUUCAAUCAAUAUAUUUACAUAGAUAUAUAUGCGGAAUGCAUAAGAUUGUUAAUGUACAUAAACACCGUCAAUGACGUUGCCCCUCACGAAUGUCAUAUUUUAAAUAGAAUAACAAAAAAAAAACCAGUAACCAGUCAAAAAAAUAAGGCAGCUGCCAUUAGUGAACGUAUCGUUAGUCUCUAGUCCGUAACAUUAUAUAAAAUAAUGAUCAGCCAACGGACUCUUCGAUAUAUUGCAUCUUUUUUAAAUAAAAAGAUUGCAGAGCUACUAAUUUUGAAAUAUAUUCCUUUGAAUACAAACAAAAUAAAAAUGAUGUAAUUAGAUAACUUUAAGAUACCACUCGAUGUCAGAAUACUUAAAAUAUCAGAAUUAAAAAUUGCAAGUAUUGAAAGAAGUUCGUCUUUCAAAAUAAAA